GCAGAGCGCACUGUGUGGCGCUGUUCGGGCCGAGGACGCGGGUCUUCUGUUUCCUGGACGGGCUCAGCGGGUCUUCUGUUUCCUGGACGGGCUCAGCCGCGGUCCGUUUUGGCUUGGCCCACGUGCCUCUCGCCCUUGGGACGGCGUCUGAAGGAGACCCACCGGGAUGCAGAGGCCUGGCCUGGGGGAACACAUGGAAACCCCGAGCUUGCGAGCCGGCGCCGGCGGGCGGGCACGGGGCCUCCGCAGCGGUCUCGCGGCUUCCGCUGGCCGAGCGCUCGUGGGCUGGGCGGUGUCUCGGGGCAUGGCCGGUGGGGGCGGCGGAGCGCCAGCCGAUUGCCAGGGAGCCAGCCCCAGAGCCGCUGCGCACGUUUCAUAACCAGGCCUCAGGAGUGUCCUCUGCGGUGAGAGGGGUAGGACAGUGCCCUCCCGGGGGUGUGGGAGCGGACACGCGUGCUGCCUGGCCGGCGGGAGCACUCGCGGCGCCUUCGCGCCCGGGCUCUUCUGCGUGCGGCGGCGCGGGCUCGCUGGCAGUGGAAGCGUAUCGGUGCGAGUGCAGGAGCGGAUCGCGGUUGGAAGCGGGUAGUGAGUACGCUGGCGAGCGGCUGAGCUGCGGAGUGCGGGUGCGAUGGGAGAGUUCCCGUCUGGCUUCCCCGCCGUGUGAAGUGAAAGCUCUGCCCCCAUCUUACGGCGGCCCACUUAUGGAGUGCCCCAGAGGCGGCGUCUUGAAAGGAGCAGGGCUCGUGUGGACCUGCCCUUCGUCCCUCCUUGUAGUCCAUUUCUGGGCACCAUGGGCUCCACAGUGUGCUCAGAUGAACGACGUGAUGGCAGAGCUAGCCAGGGAACACCCCCAGGUCUCAUUUGUGAAGUUGGAAGCUGAAGCUGUUCCUGAAGUAUCUGAAAAAUAUGAAAUUAGUUCUGUUCCCACCUUUCUGUUUUUCAAGAAUUCUCAGAAAAUGGACCGAUUAGAUGGUGCCCACGCCCCAGAGUUGACUAAAAAGGUUCAGCGACAUGCGUCUAGCGGCUCCUUCCCACCCAGUGGUAAUGAGCACCCGAAGGAAGACCUCACCCUUCGCCUGAAGAAGUUAACUCACGCUGCCCCCUGCAUGUUGUUCAUGAAGGGAACGCCUCAGGAGCCGCGCUGCGGUUUCAGCAAGCAGAUGGUGGAAAUUCUUAACAAACAUAAUAUUCAGUUUAGCAGCUUCGAUAUCUUCUCAGAUGAAGAAGUUCGUCAGGGCCUCAAAACCUAUUCCAAUUGGCCCACCUAUCCCCAGCUCUAUGUUUCUGGAGAGCUCAUAGGAGGACUUGAUAUAAUUAAGGAGCUAGAAGCAUCUAAAGAACUAGACACAAUUUGCCCCAAAGCCCCCAAGUUAGAGGAAAGGCUCAAAGUACUGACAAAGAAAGCUUCUGUGAUGCUGUUUAUGAAAGGAAACAAACAGGAAGCUAAGUGUGGCUUCAGCAGACAGAUUCUGGAAAUACUAAAUAGUACCGCUGUUGAAUAUGAGACAUUUGAUAUCUUGGAGGAUGAAGAAGUUCGGCAAGGAUUAAAAACUUACUCCAAUUGGCCAACAUACCCUCAGCUGUAUGUGAAAGGGGAGCUUGUUGGAGGACUGGACAUCGUUAAGGAACUGAAGGAAAAUGGUGAGUUGCUGCCUAUACUGAAAGGAGAAAAUUAAUAAACGUUAGACUUGGUGCCCAGCUACUGCAAGAAAGACUUCAUUCCAGUGGAGCAGUUCAUGAUUUAGUCCUCAGAAGUGGACUAGGAAUAGAAAAUGCUCGUCCCCAGUUACGCUUUGUGUAUUUCACAAGGUUGUGCUAAAUAAACGUAUGUGACGUUUUUUCCACCAAAAAUAGAUUGCAAUAAACACCUUCAAGUUCAGUUAAAAAUAAUUGUGUAGAAAAGUGUGUCUUUACAGUGGUGUUAGACAUAUAGUUACUGUAAUUAACCCACUUUUCAUCUCCUUUUCAUCGUAUGUGGGCAUCUUGAAGCAGUUAAGAAAUAGACAGUCUUCAGAGAGUGGAGAACUGUGAGAGUCUGAACCACAGCAGCAUUUAGAGCCACUCAUAGACCAAACCAGUGGCUCCCCUCACUGGCCGAAGAUCUCUUUACAGCUCAGAGAAUUCCGCUGCAGACCUUGUCCUGACAGCAUCACUGAGCUGGGCCCUGGUGAAGUUGCAGUGGCCGUGUCAGGCGUCUGCAGAUUGAGGACCUGUCUCAGAAAGCCCCAGCAGCGUGGCACCAAGAAACGUUUGAGAGGAAGGUGACUUCUCAAUGGGUGCGUCAGCAAGGUUUCUUUCGUAACUUGUACAAGGAUGGUAGCCUGGUAGAGGGCAGAAUGGUGUUGUCGAGUUGUGUGUUACACAUCACAACUUAUUUUAAUCAUUGUAUUGAAAAUAUUGAUUUAGCCCUUAAGUAUGUUGAGAACAUCCCGAAUUGCAUGAAAAUUUCAAUAGUAUUUUGAUCCUGAAUCCAAUGUAUUGAAAAAAACAGUUGCUCCAGUAGGCCUGUGCUGUGCAUGCCUUAAACAGACGGUUGAAUCCACUGUCAAGGUUCUUAGACUUUUCUGGUACUCCUGGCACAUGUUAGCCUUGUUGAGUUUUGCCAGCCUGUCCAACUGAAAACUGGUGGUUGUAAGGAGAGGGGUGCAGAGGCCAGCAAUUUAGAGAGAGACAGGAGGAAAUGUAGGUUAGCCCCUCACCAGGGUGCUGGCUUUCCCUGUUUCUUGAGCGACAGGCCAUUUCUCUGCCUUUUGGUUGUGCGGAGAGGAGGGAGCUGAUGCGCUGGUGUGUGCUACAGAGGACAUCUGCACAAGAUCAGAAAGGUGGACGUGGCCUUGCUUCCUGCCGGGAGGAGGACACCCAUCAUGGUGUAUAUUCCUGCCACUGUGUGUAAUCAGGUGGGUCUCUUCCGGGCAUUAGUCUAUGAACUACAUUUUUCCACUUAAAAUGAAAAUAACUGUAUAAGCAAACCUUUAAAAUGCAGAUGGAAAUGGAAUUUUGACUGGAAUUUUAUUAAGCCAUUGGCUUCAGGGACGUGUGUGGCUCACAGAGCGGCCGCUAAUUUCCUUGUGUGCUUUAUCCUAAACCUAAAUCGUCUGCAUGCCGCUUUCGUGAUUUCUGCUCUCUCCACGAGUGCUACCUGCCCUGGUAUGUUUUUCUACUAAGUCAGAUUUUAACCUCACCUUAUCCCAAGCAACAGUGUCUUUGCUAUCACAACAGUAUCUUUACUAGGUUUUUUUUUUGUUUUUUGUUUUUUUU